UGUUUUUUGUCGUUUUGUUUUCUCGCCUUUGUUCCCGGCUCAUAGUCAAGCCCCACCAAUGGGCCCUGAAAGCCGGCUGCUGCUUGCGACGGAGCGAGGCAGUCACUAUCUCAGCUCUAUGAUGUCCGUUCUUCCGCUAGAACCUUCCCUGAGCCACUGAGGUCUGCCAACAGGGUUGCUCAUGAAAGUGUUCUUUUUAAGAAAAUUAAAAACCAGUGGAAUGGAAAGAAAAUGCUUGAGGCGUCCCGGGUUAGGCCCACCAGCGCUGUACACAUUCCUGCUAGGUGUUAUAUUCAUUGCUUUAAGUUCAAGUCGCAUCUUGCUGGUAAAAUAUUCUGCCAAUGAAGAGAACAAGUAUGACUAUCUCCCUACUACUGUGAAUGUGUGCUCAGAGCUGAUAAAGCUGAUUCUCUGUAUACUUGUGUCACUCUGUGUUAUAAAGAAAGAUGAUCAUCAAAGUAGACAUUUGAGAUGUACUUCCUGGAAGGAAUUCUCAAGUUUCAUGAAGUGGUCCAUUCCUGCCUUUCUCUACUUCCUGGAUAACUUGAUUGUCUUCUAUGUCCUCUCCUAUCUUCAGCCUGCCAUGGCUGUUAUCUUCUCGAACUUUAGCAUUAUAACAACAGCUCUUCUAUUCAGGAUAGUGCUGAAGCGGCAUCUGAACUGGAUACAGUGGGCUUCCCUCCUGAUUCUGUUUUUGUCUAUUGUCGCCUUGACUGCCAGUACCAAAACGUCACAGCAUGACUUGGCAGGACAUGGAUUUCAUCAUGAUGCCUUCUUCACCCCGUCCAAUUCUUGCCUUCAUUUUAGAAGAGAGUGCUCCCAGAGAGACAAUUGUACAGCCAAGGAGUGGACUUUCACUGAAGUCAACUGGAAUACCACAGCCAGAGUUUUUAGUCACAUCCGUUUGGGCUUGGGCCACAUUCUGAUUAUAGUUCAGUGUUUUAUAUCUUCAAUGGCCAAUAUCUAUAAUGAGAAGAUCCUGAAGGAGGGGGCACAGCACACUGAGAGCAUCUUCAUACAGAAUAGCAAGCUUUACUUCUUUGGCAUUGUUUUUAAUGGGAUGACUCUGGUCCUUCAGAGCAGUAACCGUGAUCAGAUUCAGAACUGUGGGUUUUUUUAUGGCCACAAUACAUUUUCAGUAGCUCUUAUUUUCGUAACUGCCUUCCAGGGCCUUUCAGUGGCUUUUAUCUUGAAAUUUUUAGAUAACAUGUUCCAUGUCUUGAUGGCCCAGGUGACAACUGUCAUCAUCACAACAGUGUCCGUCCUAGUCUUUGAUUUCAGGCCCUCCCUGGAUUUUUUCCUAGAAGCCCCAACAGUCCUUCUCUCCAUAUUUAUUUAUAAUGCUAGCAAGCCUCAAAAUCUAGAAUGUGCACCUAGGCAAGAAAGGAUCCGAGAUCUAAGUGGCAGUCUUUGGGAGCGUUCCAGUGGGGAUGGAGAGGAGCUGGAAAGACUUACCAAACCGAAGAGCGAUGACUCAGAUGACGACACUUUCUAAUCCUACCUGUUGGUUGACAGCUCCCACAAACUAUGUUUGAACACUUUCAGCAUUUGUGGCCGUUGUCUUUUCUGAUAAACUGAUAAUGUUUGAAAGCAUAA